AUGCCGACAAGUGCGCAGGUAGGGAAGCCGCUGAAAGCACGGACUUCACUGCUUCGUCUGCGUCUCCGCGUACUUUUCCUUGCCUUUCUGUCGCGGCUGCUGUGUCUCUCACUCACCUGCUUGUGGGCGCAUCUGCAUCCCACCUACAACAGCCAGUCUUCUCUGCUGCACCCCACAGCUCCAAAGAGACAGGACUACAUUUCGCCAUCCCUCUUGGCUCGCCGUCUGUCUGCGCCGCACAGCGCGGCUCUCAGACACUUCCACCCUUUCCAUCUCACAGUUGAGUCUGCGCCUCUGUCUCUCUCACAAGAACAACGUAACGACCGGAAGCAGAGAGCAGGCUUGGAGGAGGGAAGAACUCGGCAAGACGCUCCACCUGCAGAGCAAGCCAGAGUGCUCGUCCUUACAUCUGUCACAGACGAAGGGAUCGCGCAAUUGUUUCCUCGACGCGGCGUCGGGUCGGGUGUACGUACACCUCAAACUCAGGCGCGGUUGCCGAGCCCGGAAGACGCCCCUGGUUUUCUGGCGGCUGACGUCGCACCUGUGAGUGCUCUGCCUCCUUGGGGACGCGACUCGCGUCUCUCGUCCUCGCUUUACAGAGGAGAAACGCAAUGGGAGGCAACGAAGAAACAGUCUCUGAAUUCUGGCGGCCGCCGCGUGUCAUCUGGGGGUUCACCGGCAUCGCGUGUCUCUUCCUCCGGUUCGAGCCCAGGGUUUCAGUCCGAUCAGAGAGUCUUUGGGAAUUCUCCAAUCAACGAAGUGAAACUUGAUGGCGUUCUUUGGCGCCUUGUCGUGCCCUUCCUUAGCUGGGACGGCGAAUACUUUCUGACGUUUGCGCUGCAGAAGACGGCGUACUACUUUGAGCUGACGCAUGCCUUCUUCCCAGGUCUCUCUGUGGUGUACAUACACUUAGGUGGCUUCCUCCGACGCCUGCUGUCGCGCGCUGCCGAGGUCGCUGAUAGUGCUGUGCCUCGUUCUUCCUCCCGCUUCUCUGCCAGCCAGUCAGAAGAGAGCGAGGAGUCCCGGUCAAGCAAGGGAUUUCAGUCGUCUCCUCCUCUCCAGGACUCCUUUCCGUUUCCUGCGCGCAUCGACGACGCCGUUGUCUUUGGCUUCGCCGCCGUGCUUGUCAGCAACUUGGCCUUCGCUCUCGCUGCGCUAGGUGUCUUCGAAGUGGCGCGCAUGCACCUUGCUGCAGAGGCUCGCGUGAGGGGGGAAGCCGACGAACAAAGCAGAGACUCUCGGGAUUCAGCGUGUCCACUCUUUCCUGGGGAAAACUGCUCGCCUGCUGCGGCUGUCUAUACAGCUCAUACUGACAGCGACACGGAAGGACGGAAGUCUGUCCAUUCGUCUUCAGAUGGGACACAGCGUCACUCGUACUUGCAGGCUUCAUGGAAACGCGAAGGCGAAGACGUCUAUGUUAUUGAAGAAGAGAGAAAUCGACAAAUGCCCAGUGUGGAAAGGGUCCGAGACGAAAAUGAAGAGUCUUGCAGAAUCGCGUUCCUUGCUGCCGGUUGGUUCUCCUUCUCCGCCGCCAACAUCCACAUGAGUGCAGCGUACACCGAAAGUCUCUUUGCGGCGUUGACCAUGUGGGGUUUGUAUAUGCUUCUCUUCGCUGAGCACCCACCGGCUGGGUCCCCGCAGUCUUUCGACUGUCUCGACACUCCAGAAGAGGCACCCCAGGAUGGGAAGGACAUGCCAAAGGCCGUAAGGAGCAAGAGGGAAUUUAAUGCAGAGAGUCGCUUGAACUGCACAUCUGUCAAGCAGUCAAGACACGAGGCGUCUUCUCGCAGCAAGGAAGUCGAGAAGGCUUCUCCGCGUCCCUGUCAGUCGACGUGUGCAACGUCUGCCGUUCGUGCAAUGGGAAAACGCAUUCGCAAGCGUUUUUUGACACUUUUGCUUCCCUUUCUCCUCCGUUUGGGGGCAACGUUUCUUUUCUUCUUGGCGUCUUUUCUCCGAUCCAACGGGUCGCUUGCUCUCGCCCCGCUGUUCUUCCAUACUCUCCGGACAUGCCCUCUCGUUGGGUCGUUGAGACCAAGAGGCAGGCAGCCACGUCCGCCGAACGCCUCGUCGGCCAUGGUAGGCAACUCGCCACACGACAGGAAAACGCACGGAUCGCGAGAAGGCGACAAAUCCGAAGCGGCAGCACUUUCCCGGCGUUUGGGAAACAGCGACGAAAGCGUGGAAGGACGUGGUAGAAAGGACGAAGCAACGGACGGCUCAGUUACACACACCGCAGUGCAGACACAGACUUGGCUUUGCCAUGUCAGAGGACGAAGAAGUUACGGGAGACUCCUUGUCGCCACAGGAUAUCACUGGAUUUUUGCGCUCUUCCAGGCUGUCGCCGUCGUCUUACCUAUUUUCCUAGCUAUGGCUUACCCCUGGUACCUCUACUGCGCAUGCCCUAAAACGUCUCAAGUCGUGACGUCGACCUGCCACGUUGCAUCCGCUUUUCUCGGCCAGACUGUCCCUACACCGUAUAGCCAGGACGCGGAGGCGGACUCACUGGAUGUGCUCCCGUCUUUCGUACCAGGUGCUGAACCAUCUGCUGGUUUCGUUUCUUCUUCACUGAAGGAGUCAGACGCAAUGCCUGCUCCCCGCCAGGACUCUGGAUACUCUACCGUGUCGCAGAGCUUCGGUCCGGCUCCCCUUCGUCGGCACACCUUGACUUUCUCGCAGUUUGCCUACCGUGUCCUUGCUGUGGGAUUGCCUCAAUCAGCCGCUUCCGUUUUCUCUCGUUUGCGUCGGUUCCUUUUUGGCUCUCGUGCCUAUUGGGCUUCGGAAGCUGAGCAGGUUGCAACCGAAGCAGCUCUCGACAGUGCAGUUUCACUGGGCGUACAUGCAGUCGGGAGAAACCCCGUGACGGGUCCAGCUGUAGAGACACCCGAGCGCGGGUGCGUUUCUGGCCCUUCUGAAUUCGGGCUUCAGUCAGGUCCAGGAAGUCUGCGGGUCUUUCUCGGCAAUAAGGAACGCGUUAUCUCGAACGCUGCUUCGCCGAUGCCGCCGUGGUGUUCAGCGCGCGUUCCAAACAUAUACCCAUGGAUCCAACGCGAAUACUGGGACGUCUACUUUCUAGGCUUCUUCCGCUUCAAGAACUUGUACCUCAUUAUUCUGGCUCUGCCUUUCUACUUCCUUGCCAUGUCGUGCAUUCUCUUUUUUCUCCGGCGAACGUGGGGCCCGGGGCGCUGCGCCGAAACGCUGAGUGAUGACGCAGUCAAUCAAGGAAGGGAAGCGACUGGGGAACUGCUAGAGGGAGAGAAACCGCGACACUCACUACGUGGCAUGCAGGGUUCGAAGAAUUUCAACUUGCGAUGGUCCAAGAAUGUUACUUCUCUAUGGAGACAAGGUGGACGAUUCUGCCUCAGCGUCGUACUGGAUCCUGCCUUCGGCGAAAUCUGCCAACUCGCGUUCCUCAUGAUGUUCAUGUUUCUGUGCGGCAACACAAACGUAUUUGUUCGUCUCAGCACCGCAUCACCAAUUCUUUUUCUGAAUAUGGCGCGUCUACAUGAUGCAUACAGCUGGAGAAAGAAGCAUUUUCUCGCGAAAAGUGUGUCUUCGAGCUGCGUGUCGCCGUCAUGCUGUCUUUCUGGGCGUGCUUCUUCGAUGACAACCGUCAGCCGUGAUCAACAUCAGAGAGGCUUUCGCAUGCACACGAAGAAUGCAAGCGAGCACUCGAGUGCCGCGGACCGAAAGCCAGAUGGUGCUGUCUCACGGGCUGAUGCUACAGGCUCGGGCUCCUGCGACGAGGAUAUUGUGAGAUCAGGCAACAACGCGAAUUGUGCAAAGGUCCCCCCGCCUGUUGGCUGGAGAUGGUGGGGCUUCUGUAGCUCUAUAAUUCUCCUUUGUCACUUCUUAGGUCCCCUGUUUUUUGGCUGUUACGUUACAUGGACUUAG